AUGGAGACGUCAAUUAGUUCUUGUAUUAAAUACGUGUUGCAUGUAGGUGAGAUUGGAACCGGUCAGUCGCCACCAAAGAUACCCACGGUACGUCACUACUCACUACAGGACGAUAAGACCACCAUUUUGGGCGUCGCGAUCGGCUGGAUCUGCUGCGGGCCGGGACAGUCGGGUGGAGGACCGCUACCGCCGUCGGAUGGAAUGCAGUAUAUUUUUACAGCCGUCGAUCGCUUUACUCGAUGGCCGAUUGCAGUUCCUAUUGCGGAUAUUCGAGCUGAAACUAUGGCACGUAUAUUCAUCACGAGCUGGAUUUCAAACUUUGGAGUUCCACAUCGAGUGACCACGGACCGUGGUCGCCAAUUUGAAAGCACUCUGUUCAGGGAGUUGAGUAUUCGUCUGGGGGUAGAUCAUAUUAAGACAACUGCCUAUCAUCCUCAGGCAAAUGGCCUUGUCGAGCGUUUCCAUCGACAGAUGAAGGCAGCUCUUAUGUGCUUCGAAACAACGGACUGGUCUCAUCGACUUCCCUUGGUUCUUCUCGGAUUGAGAAGCACUUUCAAGGAAGACCUCGGAGCCUCGUCAGCCGAAAUGGUUUUCGGUACAACUUUGCGUUUGCCCGGAGAGUUUUUAGAUAAACAAACUCCGUCAAACGUGGUAGCUACGCAGUUCAGCGACGAGCUUACUAGUAUGAUGAACGAGAUUCGACCUGUUGCAGCGGCAGACCAUUCUAGGCAACGACCUUUUUUUAUCAAGGGAUUGGACGAAUGUACGCAUGCAUUUAUUCGAGAUGAUCAUGUGCGUCGUUCACUGCAACCGCCUUACCUUUGGGCCAUAUGA